CGGCGAGCGCGGCUGGGGUGGCUGAGCUAGAGCGGGGGAGGGUCGUCCGCGGAGCAGGGUCCGAUCGCCGAGCGCUGACGGGCCGACGCGAGGCAGGAUGUUCAGCUGGAUGGGGCGGCAGGCCGGCGGGCGCGAGCGCGCGGGCGGCGCGGACGCGGUGCAGACGGUGACGGGCGGCCUGCGCUCGCUCUACCUGCGCAAGGUGCUGCCGCUGGAGGAGGCGUACCGCUUCCACGAGUUCCACUCGCCGGCGCUGGAGGACGCAGACUUCGAGAACAAGCCCAUGAUCCUGCUGGUGGGCCAGUACAGCACGGGCAAGACCACCUUCAUCAGAUACUUACUGGAGCAGGAUUUCCCAGGCAUGAGGAUUGGUCCGGAGCCCACCACUGAUUCCUUCAUCGCUGUGAUGUAUGGGGAUACUGAGGGCAGCACCCCAGGGAAUGCUCUAGUCGUGGACCCCAAGAAGCCAUUUCGAAAGCUUAGUCGCUUUGGAAAUGCUUUCCUGAAUCGAUUCAUGUGCUCCCAGCUGCCCAAUCAGGUCCUGAAGAGCAUCAGCAUCAUUGACAGCCCUGGCAUCCUGUCUGGGGAGAAGCAGCGCAUCAGCCGAGGCUAUGACUUCUGCCAGGUCCUACAGUGGUUUGCCGAGAGGGUCGACAGAAUCAUCCUGCUCUUUGAUGCCCACAAACUGGACAUCUCAGACGAGUUCUCAGAGGCCAUCAAGGCCUUCCGGGGCCAGGAUGACAAGAUCCGCGUGGUGCUGAACAAGGCCGACCAAGUGGACACACAGCAGCUGAUGCGGGUCUACGGGGCCCUCAUGUGGUCCCUGGGCAAGGUCAUCAACACGCCCGAGGUGCUGCGCGUCUACAUUGGCUCCUUCUGGGCACAGCCCCUGCAGAACACGGACAACCGCCGGCUCUUUGAGGCCGAGGCCCAGGACCUCUUCAGAGACAUCCAGAGCCUUCCCCAGAAGGCAGCGGUGCGCAAACUCAACGACCUCAUCAAGCGAGCGAGGCUGGCCAAGGUGCAUGCCUACAUCAUCAGCUACCUGAAGAAGGAGAUGCCAAGUGUUUUUGGAAAGGAAAACAAGAAGAGAGAACUUAUCAGCAGGUUACCAGAAAUCUACAUUCAGCUGCAGCGAGAAUACCAGAUUUCUGCAGGGGACUUCCCUGAGGUCAAGGCAAUGCAGGAGCAGCUUGAGAACUACGACUUCACCAAAUUCCACUCACUGAAGCCCAAGCUGAUCGAGGCUGUGGACAACAUGCUGAGCAGCAAGAUCUCGUCCCUGAUGAGCCUCAUCAGCCAAGAGGAGAUGAGCGUGCCCUCGCAGCUCGUGCAGGGUGGUGCCUUCGAUGGCACCACUGAGGGUCCCUUCAACCAGGGCUACGGGGAGGGGGCCAAGGAGGGCGCUGACGAGGAGGAGUGGGUUGUGGCCAAGGACAAGCCCGUCUACGACGAGCUCUUCUAUACCCUGUCCCCUGUUAAUGGCAAGAUAUCGGGUGUCAAUGCCAAGAAGGAGAUGGUGACCUCCAAGCUGCCCAAUAGCGUCCUUGGCAAGAUCUGGAAGCUGGCUGACUGUGACUGCGACGGCAUGCUGGACGAGGAGGAGUUCGCGCUGGCCAAGCACCUCAUCAAGAUCAAGCUCGACGGCUAUGAGCUGCCCAACAGCCUGCCCCCCCACCUCGUGCCCCCGUCUCACAGGAAGUCCCUGCCGAAUGCCGACUGAGGGGUGUGCCGCAGGACAGGGCAGCGGUGCAGGGUGGGAUUGGGGGGCCUGGGCCUGAGGCCUGCUCUGCCACUGACUCACUGAACGACCUUGGGCGAGGCACUAUCCUCUCCGUGCCUCAGUUUCCCCAUCUGUGGAAUCGGGAGGGCAGACACUGGACACUAGAUGAGGUCCUUUCACCUCUAAAAUUCCCUGAGUUUCUAUUAAAAUAUCGGGGGCUGGGGACAGGGUGGAUAAGGAGAUCAACAGGUUGAGAAGAAAGGGCAAUUCUCCAAAGAGUACCCCGGAGCCUGGAGAACCACGCAUGUGGAGAUGGCAUAGUGGAAUCCCAGGAACCAGGAGUGACUGGGGGCUCACUGGGAGUAGUCAAAUCUUUGAGGCUCCCUGGGCUGUUUGUCACUGUGAAUGGCCUCUGUAGCACCUGUCUGUCCCUCAGAGGGCACCAGGAGGCAGCAAUUUUUUAUUUUGUUUCUUGUUAUAUUUGGAGUGGGGAAAAAUAGAGCAGAGGGUUUCUGCUCUCUCCAGACAGUCUGCCAAAGAGAAGACUGAUGCCCUCAGGUCUGAAAGGAGGAUGUGCCAUGUCUGUGGCCCCUGUCCCUUCUGCAGGUGCCAGCAAAACAUCUGUCCCAGCACCCCCUGACCUUGCCCUCCCAGGCCUCCCUGUAUUUGGUCAGGAAUCUGGUACUCGCAACUUUUAUUGACCCCUGGAAAGGCUUCUUUUGCAUUUCAGGUCAGGUGGAAGUCUGAAGAUCAGCUUUUCUUACUGAUUUGUCUAAUAAGUUAUAGAAAGGCUGUCUAUCAUACAUAAACUACUACUAUUGACUCUCCUCAAUUGUCCAGUCGUUCAGUGUUCCCUAGACUUCUUGGUUGAUGGCAGGUUUUAAAUUCAGCAAAAACACAUGUUGGUGCAUGUGGUGUCCUAGGCCCUGUGGACCCAGAGGUGGAUGACAGACCAGCCUUGUCCUGGACUGUCGGGUAGAAGAGACCAGUCCGCUGGAGUUUGACACUGUUUUUGUAGAAAAUAAGCAUUUUUAUUACACCCGGUUUGUUUGCUUGUUUCUUACAGGAUAAAAGCCUUUAUACAGAAACAAAGUGGAAUCUUUCAUAUAAAACCUUUUCUCCAAA